UACAUGUUUGUUUGCACUUUUUCUUGGAAAGACGAAGAGUCAGUUGUUGGUUGUGACUUUAUAUCCUUGACAGUUCAGGUUUUUGCUGGAGGAAGUUCGUUUCCUCUCCACUCGGCAAGCCUAAAAUGAUGUCGGAUGAGAAACGUAGUGAUGCGUGUGAAAAGACGGACCAGGACGGUGAUGUACUUGCUGCUUUGGACUCUAGCUACGUAAAACAUCCGUUACACAACGGCUGGGACUGGUGGUUUUUCAAGAACGAUAAGUCUCGUGAGUGGAGGACGAAUUUGAAGCAGAUCACAGUUUUUUCUACCGUAGAAGAUUUCUGGGCUCUUCACAAUCAUAUCCAGCCUGUCUCCAAUCUUCCUGCCGGAUGUGAUUACAUGCUUUUCAAGACAGGAAUUGAACCUACGUGGGAGGAUUCCGCAAAUAAACGCGGUGGUCGCUGGCUAAUGCAGACGGGCAAGACAGUUCGUGCUGAAAAGCUGGACACUUAUUGGCUCGAAAUUCUACUACUCCUGGUCGGCGAAGGAUUCGGUGAUGAUGCAGAUUGUGUGAAUGGAGUUGUAGUACAGAUUCGUGCCAAAAUGGACAAAUUGGCUCUGUGGACCAAAACUACAGACAAGCAGCAAAAUGAUCGAAUUGAGCGGAGAUUUCGUGAAGUCUUGAAAUUGCCCUCGAGUAUUACAACACACUUUGAGCCUCAUCAGGAUGCGUUGAAGAGCAUUUCAGCACCUAGAAAGCCAUUCUCCAAAUAGAUGCUGCUAUAAUGGCUGCUUCUAUUACUGCUUGUCAGCCAAGGAGAGAGCUUGCCAUGACGUUAAGACGUUCUCGACCGAGUAUUGUACUGGCAUGGAGAGAGUCAUGUUGCCGAAAUAUACUCAACUGAGGUACUUUGGAGUAUUCUGCUGCCAUAAUGAUAUUACGAUGGCCCAGUUUGUGUCUUUGUUCUGUGGUUUCCGAUGUUUGUGGAAAUUUGGACCAGUCUUCGGCUCGACUAUUUAUUGUUUACUCUAUUUUUUACAAUCCUCUUGUGCUGUGUGCAUUUGCUGCAUUGGUACGUAGUGUCAUGGUGUACGUUGGCAAUUUCUUUCUCGUUCUCAGCCACGUUUUCUGAAGUGCCCUCUACGAAAAUCUCCACUUGCACUGUAUUGAAAGUGUGGGUUCUCAACCAUGUUGUCUUGAUGACACUACCCUAGUAGGAGAGCCCUCUGGUUCUUUACCACAAUAACUGCUAGUUCUCCGACUUCAGACUCCCUGGUAGCUCUCAUUCGGCAUUUACCGCUGUAGUUUGAUAAAUUCAUAUUCUUUUUCUGUUUUCAUUUUUUUAACUAACACAUGCUCAUUUGCUAUACAGUAAUUUGGGUUGAGGGUUCCGUGCUUUUUGUUGUCUCUUUUUACCUUUUUUAUCUUUUAUUCUGCGUGCACCUCAAUGCACUCCAAGAGUGCAUGGGGAUGCUCUAUCUAAGCAGGCUGCAGGUUCUUUUCUGUCUGCCAUUGUUAUUUUGAGUUCAGGCUACAAGAAACACCCGAAAGCACGUGUCCAUUGCACACUGUA